UCCUCCUCUGUGGCUCUGUGUUCGGGGCGGAGGUCUGAAAAUCUGCUGCGUCUCCACAUCAGCGCUGAAUUCUCCGGAUCUUCUUCUUCUCCUCCAUCAUGUCCGGCGUAGCGUCCACUCUGGCCAAGAACCGGGCCAUGGCCGCGGGGUUCGGCACCAACGCCAACGCGGUGAAGUACCUGAACCAGGACUUCGCGGCUCUGCGGGCGCAGUACCUCUCCGCCGGGCGGCUCUUCUGCGACCCGACCUUCCCCGCCGCGCCCGAGUCCCUGGGCUUCAAUGAGCUGGGCCGGAACUCCCACAAGACCCGGGGAGUCACCUGGAAGAGGCCCACGGAACUGGUCUCCAACCCGGAGUUCAUCGUGGGCGGAGCCACCAGGACCGACAUCUGCCAGGGAGCUCUGGGCGACUGCUGGCUGUUAGCGGCCAUCGCUUCGCUGACCAUGAACGAAUACGUGAUGGCCAGAGUCGUUCCCACGGACCAGGGCUUUGGUGACGAUUAUGCCGGCAUCUUCCACUUCCAGUUCUGGCAGUUCGGGGAGUGGGUGGACGUGGUGAUCGACGACCUUCUGCCGGUCAAAGACGGGGAGCUGAUGUUCGUCCACUCGGCGGAGGGGCGGGAGUUCUGGAGCGCUCUGCUGGAGAAGGCCUACGCCAAAGUGAAUGGCUGCUACGAGGCGCUGUCUGGCGGCUCCACCACCGAAGGCUUCGAGGAUUUCACCGGAGGCAUUGCAGAGAACUACGACCUCCAACGACCUCCGCCCAACCUGUUCCACAUCAUCAAGAAGGCCCUGGAGGCCGGGGCGUUGCUCGGCUGCUCCAUUGACAUCACGAGCGCCGCGGACUCAGAAGCUGUCACUCGUCAGAAGCUGGUGAAAGGCCACGCCUACUCACUGACGGGCGCCGUGGAGGUGAACUACCGGGGUCGGCAGGAGAAGCUGGUGAGGAUGAGGAACCCCUGGGGUCAGGUGGAGUGGACCGGAGCCUGGAGCGACGGAUCAUCGGAGUGGAACUAUGUGCAGGGAGACUGUCCACAUGCCAACGCAGAGGACGGAGAGUUCUGGAUGUCCUUCAGUGAGUUCUUGCGUCACUACUCUCGUAUCGAGGUGUGCACUCUGACCCCCGACACCAUCGGAGACGACUCCGUGAAACACUGGAGCGUCAGCAAGUUCGAUGGCACCUGGAGGAGAGGCUCCACGGCGGGAGGCUGCAGGAACCACCCCUACACAUUCUGGAUGAAUCCACAGUUUGUGAUCAGGCUGGAGGAGGAGGACGAUGACCCAGAUGAUGGUGAGGUGGGCUGCAGCUUCGUGGUCGGUCUGAUCCAGAAGAACCGCAGGAAGCUGCGCAAGCAAGGAGAGGACAUGCACACCAUUGGGUUUGCCAUCUAUGAGGUUCCAAAGCAGUUCCACGGACAGCGGGAGGUGCACCUGGAUAAGAACUUCUUUCUGAGCCACGCUCAGACAGCGAGGUCAGAGACCUUCAUCAACCUGCGUGAGGUCAGCUCACGCUUCAAACUGCCGCCUGGAGAGUACCUGGUCGUCCCCUCCACCUUCGAACCACACCUCAACGGAGACUUCUGCAUCCGGGUGUUCUCAGAGAAGCAGACAGAGACUCAGCCCUGUGACGACCCAGUCAGCGCUGAACUGGACGAUGAGACGGUGUCUGACGCGGAGGUGGACGCAGGAUUCAGAGGCCUCUUCACUAAGCUCGCCGGAGACGACAUGGAGAUCUCUGCGGUGGAGCUGAGGACCAUCAUGAACAAGAUCGUCGCCAAACGAACUGACAUCAAGACCGACGGCUUCAGUAUGGAGACGUGCAGGAUCAUGGUCAACCUGAUGGACGACAGCGGGAACGGGAAGCUCGGCCUCGGGGAGUUCGCCACGCUGUGGAAGAAGGUGCAGAGAUAUCUGUCCAUCUACAAGAAGAACGACUCUGAUAACUCGGGGACAAUGAGCACUCCAGAGAUGAGAGUGGCCCUCAAAGACGCAGGGUUCACUCUCAACAACACCAUCUACCAGCUGCUGGUGGCUCGAUACUCUGAGACAGACAUGACUGUCGACUUCGACAACUUCGUGGCCUGUCUGAUGAGGCUGGAGAUGAUGUUCAAGAUCUUUAAGAAGCUUGAUGCCCACAACAGUGGCUCCAUCGAACUCAACUUCAGCCAGUGGCUAGAGUUCGCCAUGAUCUGAGCCGUGACUCUGUGCUUGUCCGGAGCCUCAGUGUUACAGCAGCGUGCCAUAUUACUGUUUCCACUUAUUAUAAACUCCUAAUGUUUUAUAUGUGAGGCUUGUGUUGUAUUAUCUAUACACUACCUGACUGACAGUCAAUGUAAAGUCAAUAAAUGUAUCCACAAAAA